AUGGCACAAGAGAUCCCAAACAUUGAAGAUAUGGGCUUCCCAUUCCCACAAGCUCAGCCAAACUUCGAAUUGUUGGGUGCAUUGCCGAAAAAUGUGAAAAGACGUGUUUGUGCGUUGAAAAAAGUGCAACUUGCUUCGAUUGAUGUUGAAGCCAAGUUCUACGAACGUGUUCACGCUUUGGAACUCGAAUUCGAGGCUCUCUUCAAGCCACUCAACGAGCAAAGAAAACAAAUUGUCACCGGAGAGAAAGAACCAACUGAUGCUGAAUGUGACGUCCCACUUCUUCACGAUACUCAACCAGAUGUCAUUGAUGUAAGUUGGAUCAUGCUGAAAUCCCGAUUGAAAUUUGAAUGUUCGGAUAAUCGGCGGGAAAUCUGAGCUCAUUAAUCGCUAAGCUCACUUUUCUCGCCGAUUAAUCCAUGAGAAAGCACAGUUGUUCGAGAGACCUCGACUCAAUUCCUGGUAGCUAUUUUUCUGUGCGAAAUAACAAUGAUCUUUAUUCCCGCAUUGGAACUGUUUCCUCUGCGAUGAUUAGAUUAUGACAAUCAUUCAUCAAAACGCUUUUUAAACUCUAAAUUUGAAUUUUCAGCAACUCUACGAGAAAUCAGAAGCCGAUAGCAACGAGAAGGGAAUCAAGGAUUUCUGGCUCAAUGUUUUGAAAGGACACGAUUUGACUUCUGAUCUUAUCCAAGAACACGACACUCCAAUCCUCACUUAUUUGACUGAUAUCACAACUAGCACAUCAGUUGAUCCAGCUGUAAGAGGAUUUUUAUUGGAAAACUUGUCAUUCAAUAAUUAUUGUUUUUCAGAGCUUCACAAUCAAAUUCCACUUUGCCGAAAACCCAUACUUCAAGAACAGUGUUCUCCAAAAGGAAUAUUUCUUGGAGAUUAUUCCACAAGAAGACAGCAAGUUCGAUUUUGAUGGACCAAAUGUUAUCAGAGUCACAGGGUAUGUUUAAAGGCUAUUCAACGUUGAAGUUUCAAAAUAUUGUUCUAUUUCAGAGACAAAAUCGAAUGGGAAGAUGGCAAAAAUGUCACCAAGAAGGCCGUCAAGAAGAAGCAAAAGAAGGGAGCCAACGCCGGAAAAUUCAUGACAAAGACCGUGAAAGCCGACAGUUUCUUCAACUUCUUCGACCCACCAAAGUCUGCUGAUGAGACAAACGAAGAUGAAGACGCAGAGGUAAUUAUUUUUCAAAACAAUUUCAAACGCACAGUUGUUCUAGAGACCUGGAUAAAAUUCCAAGUAGCUAUUUUACUUUGCAAAAUAGAAUAGGCUCUUUAUUCCCGCUUUUAGACUAUUCUGAUUGCGAUGAUCAGAGCAUGA